GGGUAGUGUCAGGGUCAGUGUCAGUGUCAGUGUCAGGGUCAGUGUCAGGGCAGCGAUGCUCCCGGUGGCGGUGCGGGUGGCGGUGGCAGUGGCUGUGGCUGUGUCCGUGGCUGUGUCCGGGGCUCUGGCGGUCCCGGUCCCGGGGCUGUUGUCGGGGGACGAUCGGCUGUUCAGGCGGUCCCCGAGUUGUCCGCUGCCGUGCGAGGCCUCGCGCUGCCCGGCGGCGCCCCGGGGCUGCCCGGCGGGGCCGGUGCUGGACGCCUGCGGCUGCUGCCGGGUGUGCGGGGCGGCCGAGGGGGAGCCGUGCGGCGGGGGCCGGGCCUGGGCCGCCGUGUGCGGGGAGGACCUGCGCUGCCACUCGGCCCGGGACAGCGACCCCGACCCCGAGCCCAGCCCGGGCCCCGGUGGCCCCGGUACCGGCCCCGGCACCGGCCCCGCCCGGCGGCGGCUGAAGGGCGUGUGCGUGUGUCAGAGCAGUGACCCGGUGUGCGGCAGUGACGGCAGCUCCUACCGCAACGUGUGCGAACUGCGGGCGGUGAACCGCAGGGCUCAGACUCUCAACCAACCGCCCGUCCUCUUCAUCCAGAGGGGCGCCUGCGGCCUGGGUCAGAAAGACCCUAACAGCCUACGACUUAAAUACAACUUUAUUGCAGAUGUGGUGGAUAAGAUCGCUCCUGCUGUGGUUCACAUUGAGCUCUUUCGGAGGUCACCCUUUUCCAACCGCGAAAUGUCUGUUGCGAGCGGCUCCGGGUUCAUCGUCUCCGAGGAUGGUUUGAUAGUGACCAACGCACACGUGGUUACUAACAAACAUAGGGUGAAAGUGGAGCUUAGGAAUGGAGCCACAUACAAUGCCAAGAUAAAGGACAUCGAUGAAAAAGCCGAUAUUGCCUUAAUUAAAAUAGACACUCCAGAUAAGCUGCCAGUCCUGCUCCUGGGCCACUCCAUAGACCUGAGGCCGGGAGAGUUUGUUGUAGCCAUUGGGAGCCCAUUUUCUCUACAAAACACAGUGACAACCGGAAUAGUGAGCACAACCCAACGAGGAGGCAAGGAGCUGGGACUCCGAAACUCUGACAUGGAUUACAUUCAGACCGAUGCCAUUAUCAAUUAUGGAAACUCGGGCGGUCCAUUGGUGAAUUUGGAUGGCGAGGUGGUUGGAAUUAACACCCUGAAGGUGACUGCUGGAAUAUCAUUUGCUAUCCCAUCGGACAAAAUCCGCCAAUUUCUGGCUGAAUCUUACGAUCGACAGUCGAAAGGAAUAACUUCAGUCAAGAAGAGGUACCUGGGAGUCCGAAUGAUCACCCUCUCCUUUAGCCUUGCAAAGGAACUGAGAGAUCGUCACAAAGAUUUCCCUGAUAUCAAUGCCGGAGCUUACAUCAUUGAGGUCCUCCCUCGAACGCCAGCUGCCGCCGGAGGCCUAAGGGACAAUGACGUCAUUAUUAGCAUCAAUAAUCAGCUGGUGACUUCUGCCAGUGACGUCAGCGAAGCUAUUAAAAAGGAUUCGUCCCUCUCAAUACUUGUCCGUCGAAAAAAUGAAGAUUUGAGGAUUAAUGUUGUGACCGAAGAAAUUGAACCUUAAAGAAUAAAGUGAGCUGGUUCUCCUGAUCCUGUAAAUAAUACCAAGAAGUUGACACUUACUGGAUGGAUAUGAUCCCCAAACACAUCGGCAUAUAAACCUGUUGUGUUCACUGCAGAAAGCCAUCUGGAAAUACCUGCAGCUUGGGUGAUGCUUAAGCGAUCUGGGACGCUACCCAGCACGGGGGGGCGCGAUAUAAAUGCAAGUUGUUGUUGUUGUCACAAGCUAUCAUAUCCUGAAGCAAUUUAUCACUUAGAAUUGAUUUUCUUCAUGCAUCUUAUUUCAUGUUAUUUUUACUCUGUGUACAUUUCUAUGUCAUUUUAAUCUGCCUUUUAAGUUUAGAUGUGAAUGGGUUCACAAUGGGAUAGAUUCUCUUUACAGCUGUUUUUUUUGGUGGGAGGAUAUUGCAAAUGGGACCAGUAACAAAUCUCUCAUGACCCUGCUAUUAAUUUCAUCUCUUGCAAUGCAAAUACAUGUAAGGACGGGCAGAUUUUAUAUGUUGAUGUGGUCUGUUUUGAUGACCAAUCUGGAAUCAGGCGAUCGAUCUAACCAUCCAACAAAUAAAGGUUUCUCCUAAAUGGGAACACGUGACUAAUA